AGAGUUUUUAUGUGAAAGGGAAGUCGAUCCCAACUUGUCCCUGAGCCUUGCACUAUGCAUUGAGCGACAAUUGGGACAGGCUUCUAAGUGGUGGGGUACAUACAAAGUCUCCCCAAAGAUCCAGUCGAUCUCGUUGCCUUCUGGCCUUCCGAUGCCAGUAAUGACGAUACGAAAGAAGCUCUGCAGUGGCUUCGAGGGACUGGGUUACUUCGAUACAUGGCCUGUGAAGUUCGGCCAUCACUCUCAGACAUUCUAUCUUUCUUCAAUACGGUUUUCCUGCCAUUUUCUGGCAGUAUAGGCGUUCAGCCCGUCACCUUUGACGAUUUCUGCUAUGCCUUUUCGAUGGUUUCGUCGCGAGCAUUCCGUGUGGAUAACUAUCAUACCUUGGCUCUUGUUCCUAUAGCGGAUGCAUUCAACCAUGCGGAGGAAAAUACGGUUCAUUUAGAGACUGACUACUUUGCUCGUGCAACCACCGGUUCUACUGUAUCGACUACGGAAGAGGAUUGCUGCGAAAUGGUUACAAAUGCCGUGCUAUACGGCGGAGAAGAGAUUUUGUUCACAGUGCAAGAGAUCGAAGAUUACCUCGCCCACACUCCUUCCCAACGCACACGCUUGUCCAUGCAGCUCCUGAAUGAACUGUGGCAAGACCUGUUUGAGAGUCAAGAGCUCUGGGUGGAAUGCCUUCCCACAUCGUCUCCCUUCUUUCCGCCUUUCAUCGAGGAGACGGAAGACGACAUGGAUAGGGAGUCUUUGGGGAAGCGCCUUGAUAAUGAACGAUUAUCAGCUACCUUCUUCGCUAUAAAUGCGAGUGCUCAAAUAUCUCCAGCACUAUGGCUUUACCUCCUCUUACGAAGAGCCCCGCAAGCCGUGCUUGACUCUAUUGCCCCACCCGUCGUGCAGGCGCGGAACGAAUCGCUUCUAGGGUAUCUACGUGAUUUGGCAAAAAGAAUGUCUUUGUUGGAUGUCGAAGAUGAGGAGUGCGAAAUUCAUGGUUUACGUCUGGGCAGUUGUCAAGCUCUCAUCGACAUCGCAGUGGAUAUUCUAACCAUCUGCCGAGCGAGACUUGCCUCCAUGCAUUGGAGCGACCGACCCAUAUCAGAAAUCGCCGAGCUUGAAGGUGCACUUCAACGAUCGAGAUAUCGGCGACGGACAGAGAUCGCAGUACGAUUUGCUCUCAACGAGAGAUUGAUCUUGGACAGCUGCAUCAAAAUGUGGGAGAAUAUCGAGUCACAGUUGGCUAAUUUUGGCGCAGACCAUAGUGUCUAGACGUCCAACAAUUUUCACAUACACACUUAAGUUAGAAUCUAAGCUAAUUCUCCACGAGAAUAAUAUUGCAGCAGCCCGAAGAGAGCAGUGUGAUUCUGUCAAACGUCAUCAAUGCAUGGGUGACGGCAAUCGCGACCCUUCCCAUCCGCCUCGAAAGGCUGCAAC